CUGCAGCCCUCGGGGGUCCGGGUGCAGCAGGUCGCCGACUUUAAGGUGGACGCCAGGAACGCGGGCAGCGGCGAGCUGAAGGUGGUCGUCAAGGGACCCAAGGGCACAGAGGAGCCGGUGCGGCAGAUCUCCAGCCGGGACGGUGUGUCUGCGUACGAGUAUCACCCCAGCAGCCCGGGAAAAUACACCGUCUCCAUCACCUGGGGGGGUCAGCACAUCCCCAAAAGGUGA